ACAACAUACGCUCAUAUAUACUGAAAAUGUGAUAUUCUCCUCUCAAUUUGUGUUAAAUAUUAUUAAAUAUAAAAGUACAGACAAUUAAUGUACAGUAUCUUCAAUCAACUUUAUUUCUUAUUUGUUGUAACCAUAUAUAACUUGCGUAUCAGAUCUCCUCAAUCCAAAUAUCAAGAAUAUCUCUUGAUAAGCCAGAGCUAGGUGUAGCCAAAGAUAAAAAGCUAAGAAGAGCAUACCCAUUUGCCAAAUUAUCAAUCUUUCUCACAAAAAAAUAUGAAGCUUUCUAAAUUCAAAUCACCACCUUCAUUUUCUGCCAUUUUCUUGGUGUUUCUCACUCUCUCAAGUGUGUAUACACCGAGACAUUUUGCAUAUGCGGCGGAGAAUAAACCGUCACCCAUCAAAACUAUUGUAGUUUUAGUGAUGGAAAAUAGAUCUUUUGAUCACAUGUUGGGGUGGAUGAAAAAAACCAUCAAUCCCCAAAUCAAUGGAGUCACUGGAGAUGAAUGCAACUCUGUAUCAACCAAUACCUCACGCACGCAGACCAUUUGCUUCACUGAUGAUGCUCAGUUUGUGGAUCCGGAUCCAGGUCAUUCUUUUGAGGCUGUGGAGCAACAGGUAUUUGGCUCUGGAACCAUUCCUUCAAUGACUGGUUUUGUAGAGCAGGCACUAUCAAUGUCUCCAAACUUAUCUGAAACUGUUAUGAAAGGCUUCAGGCCUGAGUCAGUUCCUGUUUAUGCUUCUCUUGUACAAGAAUUUGCAGUCUUUGAUAGGUGGUUCUCUUCAAUUCCGGGUCCAACUCAACCCAAUAGGCUUUUUGUUUACUCUGGUACUUCUCAUGGUUCAACUAGUCAUGUCAAGAAGCUCCUUGCUCUAGGUUACCCUCAAAAAACCAUUUUUGAUUCACUUCAUGAGAAUCAUAAAGACUUCGGCAUUUACUUUCGGAGCAUACCCUCUACUUUAUUUUAUAGAAAUUUAAGGAAAUUGAAGUACAUAUUUAAGUUCCAUCAGUAUGAUUCGAAGUUUAAGGAAGAUGCAAAAAAGGGGAAAUUGCCUAGCUUAACUGUAAUUGAACCAGGGUAUUUUGAUCUUAAAGGCUACCCUGCAAAUGAUGAUCACCCAUCUCAUGAUGUUGCUAAUGGGCAAAAGCUUGUAAAGGAGGUUUAUGAGACACUGAGAGCAAGUCCUCAAUGGAAUGAGACCCUCUUGGUCAUUACUUAUGAUGAGCAUGGUGGGUUUUUUGACCAUGUUGAGACUCCUUAUGUCAAUGUUCCCAGCCCAGAUGGAAACACGGGUCCUGCUCCUUCUUUCUUCAAGUUUGAUAGGCUUGGCGUUCGAGUGCCAACAAUUAUGGUCUCCCCUUGGAUCAAAAAAGGAACUGUGAUUAAUGGCCCCAAAGGACCUACACCAAAUUCCGAGUUUGAGCACUCUUCUAUCCCGGCAACCAUAAAGAAAAUAUUCAAUCUGUCCUCCAACUUCUUGACUCACAGAGAUGCUUGGGCUGGCACAUUCGAGGAGGUUGUUGGUGAAUUAACCUCUCCCAGAACAGAUUGCCCAGAGACCUUGCCAGAUGUCGCACCAUUGAGGAAUACUGAAGCAAAAGAAAAUGGAGGCCUAUCCGAAUUUCAGGGUGAGAUGGUUCAAUUAGCAGCUGUUCUCAACGGGGAUCACUUCUUGAGCAGCUUCCCCAAUGAAAUGGGUAAGAAGAUGACAGUGAAAGAAGCUCAUGAGUAUGUUAAGGGAGCUGUUUCACGGUUUAUAAGAGCAAGCAAAGAGGCCAUCAAAUUGGGAGCACAUGAAUCUGCCAUUGUAGAUAUGAGGUCUUCACUCACUACUAGAUCCUCAAUUCACAAUUAGUUAAUCCUCUAGAAACUUCCUACCUAUAUGUUAGAAUCGGUUCAUCACAAGUUUAGAAUGGCUUUGUUCUCGUCAUAUUUGAAUGUGAAAAAUGCAAUAAUAGUAAGGGAAGUACUGCUGAUAGGGCUAUUGUUGCUUUUGAUGUUGGCAUUUUAAAUGUCCACAUAUGCAACCAUAUUGCUCUGUCAAUAUCCUUUCCUCUGUAAGAGUUUCAAUGGUCUAUGUCUAUUUAGAGGUUUAUAAAUGGGUGUGUUUCGUCGCAGGUUGAGUCUGUAAAAAUCAGUUGUGUAUAUUGUUAUGCUUGAGCGUGCUGCCUAAAUAUAAAUCUUUGAACUUCGAAGAUUGAAACUUACUAUAAUUAACCUCUGCAAUUGAAUUUUUUGUUUUAACC